GAGUCAGUGCGUCCACUUCGCAGCAGAGGAGCGACAGCAGCGUGACUGAGGGGAGAUGAGCGGGUCAGACCUGCAGCAAUAAGACUUACCGGUGAGUGUUUGUCCGGAGGAGAUGUCUCUGUCGUCCUCACCGAGCACAGACACGUCCAGCCGGAGGAGGAGGCCGGCUGAACACGGUCAAGAUCUUUCAUGGGAACAGGAUAACCCGGCAGGAUACGAUCAUGGUCAGAUCCACGACCGCCUUUGUAGAGAUCAGCAACCUAAUUCAUCAGGCACUUGCACUCCAUCUACACAUCACUGCACAUGUCCUGCCCUGUGCACAACAAAACACAUGUCAGCACACCCAUGCCCAAGCCAUCAUGUCUGUGAGGAUAGCUGGGAGGACCUCCAGAGCAAGAGAACCAUCAGAGCAGAGAACGAAGUGGAAGCCAACAAACUGGUCAACAACUACAUGUUUGGUUUUAGAAAAUGGAAGAGCCAUGUGACGGAGCGUCCAUUUGAAGACAGGUCAGAAGUGGUGAAAGAGCUCUACUCCGAGCUGAACGUCAUUAGGCCACGCACUGGUCCAGGUCAUCUCAUCACAAUUGGAAAUGUAGCGUAUGUGCUGUUAUUUGGUUGGUGGGUCUCUCUGGCGUACCUCCUGGUCAGCAUACUAAUGUUCAUCACCGUCGCUGGUGUACCAUAUGGCAAGCUUUGCCUGAAGUUGUCCUGCUACUUCCUGUGGCCAUUCGGCAAGUCAAUCCACGAGAUUGGAAACACAUUGAGGAGGUGCUGUGAGCAAAUGCCAGACUGUGACUGCAUCAUAGAGGGGAUGGAGGAUAACUCACCAGUUCUGCUGCCUUCACCCACAGAGGUGCCAGUCCCAGAGAUGCCAGGGCGACCUGUGCGCACUCCAUACUGGCAUCGCAUCUCCACCUAUGUGUGGCUGCUGCUGGGAUAUCCUCUUCUGGUGGCCAUCCACUUCCUGGCCUGCUUCUUCUCUUGGAUCCUGGUCUUCACCAUCCCUGUUGCCAAGAUGAACGCACGCACUUUGAGUGUCAUCCUUCUCUUGGCUCCUGAGGAUGUUUCUGUCUCCACCUGCUCGCAGAGGAAGAAUCAAGGCUAUGAGACCAGAGCGCUGCUGUGCUGCUACCAUGCUGCAAACUGGUAUUACUACAAGUAUACUGUUGAUGGGAUCAAUGUAUUUGCUGUCAACCUCCUCCCUCUUGUAAUAAUUGCCAUGGUAAUUGGCUACAUCGACAGAGAAAACAAGUACGCCAGCUCUGAUGUCAAGUUCGCCACAGCGAUUGGUUCCAUCAUACCUCUGUCAUACUACAUUGGUAUGGGCAUCGCCAGCAUCUCAGCCCAGAGUAACUUUGCUGUGGGUGCAGUGGUGAACGCCACCUUCGGCUCCAUCACAGAGUUGACCUUUUACAUCACAGCCCUGCUCAGGGGUCACCGGGCAGCCAAUCCGUGUCUGCAGGAGGUUGUGAAGGCAGCACUGACUGGCACGCUGCUGGGCUGCAUCCUCUUCAUCCCUGGCAUCUGCAUGAUAAUUGGAGGGCUGAGACACAGUGAGCAACGAUUCAACAGUCGCUGUACAGGAGUGAGCUCUUCGUUGCUCUUCAUCUCUGUAGGAGGUGUAUUUGCCCCCACGCUGUUCUCCAAGGCUUACGGGAACCUGGUGUGCAACGCCUGCACCAACUCCACUGGAGGAAACAGCAGCGGGCCGUUUGUCUGCCACAACUGUCAUUACGAUCUGAACAACGGUACUUUGUUCCACAGCCAUGUUGAGCCGCUGGUGUACACCGUGUCUGCCCUCUUGCCAGUUGCCUACAUCAUUGGGCUGAUAUUCACACUGAAGACACACUCCCACAUUUAUGACAUUCAUGUUGGAGAGGGCCAAGUGACCGGCCACAAUGGGGCAGUGGUCCACUGGUCACGGUGGAGGUCUCUGGUCAUCCUCAUCAUGGCCACUGUGCUCAUGUCUGCCUGCGCUGACCUCGCCACUGAGCACAUCCAGCCCAUUCUCAACCAGCCCAACAUCUCUCAGUAUUUCAUUGGGGUAACAGUUCUCGCUAUGGUUCCUGAGAUCCCAGAGAUUGUCAAUGGGAUUCAGUUUGCUCUCCAAAACAACAUCAGUCUUAGCUUGGAGGUGGGGAGCUGUAUCGCUGUGCAGGUCUGCAUGCUACAGAUUCCAAUUCUGGUCUUAUUUAAUGCCUUCUAUGAUGUGGGGUUUGUGCUCUUGUUCAGUGACCUACACCUAUGGGCCAGCAUCUUCAGCGUGAUUCUGGUCAACUACAUCUUCAUGGAUGGCAAGUCAGAUUAUUUUCAGGGUACAGCUCUGGUGGUCGUCUAUCUUAUCCUACUGGCUCUGUAUUACUUCGCUCCAUCUCCAGCAGGCUGCUGACUCUGGGACUGUAAUCUUCAGCCCAUUUUAUUUAAGUCGGAAAGACACUCAUAUUUCAUACCACUCCUUGUUGAUGAAAUUUAAUCCUGACAGGAUUAUGAUAGUGGGAGCCCUGAGACUGACCUUUUAAUCAACCAUUUUUUGUUUCUUAAAUUAUACAAAUGACAAGACUGAAAUUUAUCUCAGGUAGGUAAUUUUUUUGACUGUACAAAUAGAUCACUCCUACCACUGUAAACUGUACGGUAUGUAAGCUAACAUACCUAAAUAUUUUACUUUAUACUCAUAGAUUCUUAUGCUAAACAGUGUCGUAGGAAAGAAAAGCAGUAUUUUUACAAUACAGAUCGGUGUUAUGAUGUAAAGUAUCUGCACUAAUUGUAUUUUGUUUAAGGAUAAUGUUGUAAUACAUUUUGUAUACUUUGUAACUCCAAAAUGUAGAGAUGGUAAAUUUCAGAGUUCAUUACAUAAGUGACAUUAUUUAACAGAACAGAACAGAAACACCCUACAGUAUAUUGAAAAAGUGGCAUGGCUGGCUGUGCUUAGCAACAACAAAAACAACAUCUGUCAAUACAACGUUUUGAAAAAAACCGACUGCCUGUGUUUUUAUUGUUUGUACAGACAGGAAUUACAAAACAUAAUGUACAUUACAGUCAUAACUGCCUUUGAGGAGACAUUCACCUUUUCUCCUAAGAGUUCAUGUGAAGUGACAUGCACACCGUACUGACAUGCAGAAGAGAUCAUUUAACUUUCAUUAACAUCGAAGAUAAUGCAAAUAUAAACAUCUCGGUUUUAAGCAAGGCAGUACAUUUACCAAAUCCGAGCGUAGUGAAGUAGACCUUCUUCACAAGACCACAUAAAUAAGGCCGUAACAUGUCAAACUAAGGACAAGUAUGUGAAGCAAGGUUUUGAAUGUGAAAAUGGGCAUCGUUGUACAUCAUGAAACAUGGAGUUUAGCUUAAUAUUGUACCAACACGGCUGCAACAAAUGUGUGAAAUAAAAUGCUGUCGAGAUACACAACGUGCAAAUUCAAGAUAGAGGCUAACGAAAUUGGUG